UCGCGGCGGCUGCGGAGGCGGCGGAGGCGGCGGCGGCGGCGGCGGCGGUCGUCGUCCAUGGAGCUCGAGAACAUCUUGGCCAACUCGAUGCUGCUGAAAGCGCGCCAAGGAGGACGUAGCAAGAAAAGCGGUCGUAGCAAGAAAUGGAGGGAGAUGCUGAGGCUGCCCCCGGUCAGCCAGUGCAGCGAGCUCCGGCAGUCCCUCGAGAAGGAGUACAGCAGUCUGUGUGACAAGCAGCCCAUCGGAAGACUCCUCUUCAGGCAGUUCUGUGCGACCAGGCCUGUGCUGAGGAGGUGCGUCGAGUUCCUGGAUGCCGUGGCAGAGUAUGAAGUGGCUGCUGACGAGGACCAGGGAGCUUGUGGGCUCUCCGUCUUAGACACGUUCUUCGGGGACGAGGACCUGGCAGCCCCUUUCGCGGAGGUGCCCGCCCAAGCCGUGCAGGAGUGCAGACUGAGGCUGCAGGAGGCCCCUUCCAAGGAUGCCUUCGAGGAGUGCACGAGAGCUAUCCAUCACUAUUUAAGUGGAGAACCAUUUGGAGAAUACCAAGAAAGCUCCUAUUUUACUCGGUUUUUACAGUGGAAAUGGCUGGAAAGGCAACCAGUAACAAAGAAGACAUUCCGACACUACAGAGUUCUAGGAAAAGGCGGAUUCGGAGAGGUUUGUGCCUGUCAAGUGCGAGCUACAGGAAAAAUGUAUGCCUGUAAAAAGCUGGAAAAGAAAAGGAUAAAGAGGAGGAAAGGGGAAGCCAUGGCCCUCAAUGAGAAAACACUCCUAGAAAAAGUGCACAGCAGGUUUGUGGUCAGCUUAUGCUACACCUACGAAACGCGAGCGUCCCUGUGCUUGGUGCUGACCAUCAUGAAUGGAGGCGACUUGAAGUUUCACAUCUACAACCUGGGCGAGCCCGGCUUCGAGGAGCGGAGGGCGGUUUUCUACGCCGCGGAGCUGUGCUGCGGCCUGGGGGACUUGCACAGGGAGAGGAUCGUGUACAGGGACCUGAAGCCCGAGAACAUUCUCCUCGAUGACCGCGGCCACAUCCGGAUUUCAGAUCUUGGCUUAGCCGUGCAGAUCCCGGAAGACAAGACAGUUCACGGAAGAGUCGGAACCUUGGGGUACAUGGCUCCAGAAGUUCUCAAUAAUGAAAACUAUACAUUCAGCCCGGAUUGGUGGGGACUUGGCUGCCUCAUCUAUGAGAUGAUCCAGGGACAUUCUCCGUUCAGAAAGUUCAAGGAGAAGGUCAGACGGGACGAAGUGGAGCGGAGAGUGAGGAAGGAGGCGGAGAAGUACUCGGAGAAGUUCUCGCAGGACGCCAAGGCCAUCUGCAGGCGGUUACUCACCAAGGACCCCAAGCAGCGUCUGGGCUGCAAGGGAGAAGGUGUGGCUGAAGUCAAGCGUCACCCCGUGUUCAAGGACAUCAACUUCAGGAGGCUGGAGGCCACCAUGUUAGAGCCCCCUUUCUGCCCUGAUCCGCAGGCCAUUUAUUGUAAGAACGUCUUUGACAUUGAGCAGUUCUCCUCGGUGAAAGGCGUCUACCUGGACAGCACGGACGCCGCCUUCUACAGAGAGUUUGUCACGGGCUGUGUCUCCAUCCCCUGGCAGAAUGAGAUGAUCGAGUCAGAAUGUUUCAAGGACAUCAACAAAAGUGAGAUCGAGGCGGCAGAGGCGGAAGACCCGGAAGAGGACGCUCACCUGCCAGUCCCCAGACGAAGGAGAAGCCUGUUCUACCGACUCCUCACCCGGGGGGGCUGCAUCAGCACGGGCCCCAGCGACAAAGAAGAGCAGCUCUCCAGACUGUGACCCCUGGCCAAGCAGCACCAGGGAGCACGUGCGCCAGGGAGCGUGCACCCCCAGGGCGCCGUGCACCUCUCGGGAGCCCCGCACCUCCAGAGAACACGUGCUCGGGGCCUCACCCUGCCUGUGAAUUGCAAUAAACACGUAUGACACCUCGCGUAA